UUCACGCCUUAGCUAAUCAACCCAUUCUUUCGGCAAAACUUGCUCAUUCAUUUACAUAUUUUUUUCUCCAUAUAUCAAGUGAAAAUUCAGUUCUCUUUGUAGGCCAAAUAGUGAAAAAGCAUAAGUCAUAUAUGGUUUUGGUCGGGUCAAAAAAACACACUUGAAAUUGAAAAAAUUGCUCAAUUUUUUUUCUUUCUUCUCUACUAGCGUAACUAAGAGGUAGUGUGCAUAACCAUAUAUUUCAUAUUUGCGUAGUGGCCACACUCUUGCGAUACUCGGAAUGACGAAAUUUGAAUCAUCUACAACAGCUGCAUCGUUAGGUCAAUUCCCCGUACCUUUUAGUGAAAGGAAUGAGAGUGAACCAAAUAUAUUAGUAGAGGAGCCAAACAUGUUAACCACAUUGAUUCCAAAAUCCCCAACAUGUGAAGAAAAUACCCAUUUGUCACUUGUCCUGAAUGAAGCAAAAUACAUAUCCAAUAUAUCAUUGUCUAUGGUUUUAACAGCUCUAAUACUCUAUUCUCGCUCCAUGAUCUCAAUGCUCUUUCUUGGUCGUCUCGGCGAGCUUUCUCUCGCCGGUGGCUCACUCGCCAUUGGAUUCGCCAACAUCACUGGUUACUCUGUUCUCUCUGGCCUUGCAAUGGGGAUAGAACCUCUUUGUGGUCAAGCUUUUGGAGCCAAAAGAUUCAAACUUCUUGGUCUUGCAAUGCAAAAGAUGGUACUUCUUCUACUUUUUACUUCAUUUUUCAUUGCAUUGUUAUGGCUCAACAUGAAAAAAAUAUUGAUUUUUUGUAAUCAACAAGAGGACAUAGCCAAUGAAGCACAAUUCUACAUUUUUUAUUCUCUUCCUGAUUUAAUUAUACAAUCAUUGUUACACCCUUUGAGAAUCUACCUUCGAAGCCAAUCAAUAACAUUUCCUCUCACAUGUUGUGCAACACUCUCUAUUCUUCUUCAUGUUCCUAUCAACUACUUUCUUGUUUCUAUGCUCAAGCUUGGAAUCAAAGGUGUUGCUUUAAGCUCUGUUUGGACCAAUUUCAACUUCGUUGGUUCGUUGAUUAUCUACAUUAUGGUUUCGGGAACACACAAGAGAACAUGGAAUGGUAUUUCUUGGAGGUGUUUAAAAGGUUGGAACACACUAUUGAACCUUGCAAUUCCUAGUUGUGUUUCGGUUUGUCUUGAAUGGUGGUGGUAUGAAAUAAUGACUUUACUUUGUGGGUUAAUGAUGAAUCCACAUGCAAGUGUUGCGUCCAUGGGUGUUUUGAUACAAACAACAUCGUUGAUAUAUAUUUUUCCAUCGUCUCUAAGUUUUGGAGUGUCAACAAGAGUUGGGAAUCAGCUUGGUGCGGGGAAUUCGCACCAAGCAAAAACCGCAGCUAUUGUUGGGGUUUGUUUUAGUUUUGUUUUGGGUUUUUUUGCUUUUGUGUUUGCUUUUUGGGUGAGGAAUGUUUGGGCUAGUAUGUUCACAAAUGAUGUAGAUAUAAUUGGUUUGACAAAAAUAGUGUUGCCUAUUGUUGGGCUUUGUGAGUUUGGAAAUUGUCCACAAACUACGGUUUGUGGGGUUUUGAGGGGAAGUGCGAGGCCAAAAUUGGGAGCAAAUAUAAAUUUGUGUUGUUUUUAUGUUGUGGGAAUGCCAGUUGGUGUUUGGUUGAGUUUUUUUGGAGGAUUUGAUUUUGAAGGGUUGUGGAUUGGAAUGUUGGCAGCACAAGGAUGUUGUAUGAUGGCAAUGAUGUUUGUUUUGGUACAUACAAAUUGGGAUGGACAAGUUCUAAGAGCUAAGGAGCUUACUUCAUCUGAUCAUGGGGAAGAGGAAAUAUUACAACAAGAUGAGGAAUAAUAUUGUUCACUUGAUCUCAU